AUGCUCGGGGCUGUGGGGGGAUGCUCAGAGGGGAAGGCGGGGGCAGGUAGGAGGUGCGGGGGACCGGGGGCUGCCGGGGCGGAGCCGCGGGGGCCCCUCCCGACUGCUCUUAUAAACCGGCGGGGAACGGGCACGGGGCAGCGAUCGCUGGGGGGGGGGCCGGGGUGCGCCCUGCCCGGCGGGAUGGCGAAGGGGCAGCUCUCGGGGGGUGCCUGGGGGGCCCUGGUGCUGCUGGGGCUGAUGCUACCGGCGGCACCGGCGGGUGCCUGGUACAAGCACGUCGCCAGCCCCCGGUACCACACGGUGGGACGUGCCUCGGGGCUGCUCAUGGGCGUCCGCCGCUCCCCGUACCUCUGGCGCCGGGAGCUGCCGGCCGAGCUCCAUCGACGCCCCCCGGCCCCGGCCGCUGCCCCGCAGCUGCCCCCGGGCCGCCCCGACGGGGAGAGCGCCCCGGCAGCCCCGGUGCCGCUCGGUCCCGGCCCCGGCCGCAUCCUGCAGCGUCUGCUUCGGAGGGGAUGGGGAUGGGGCGGCCCCCGCCCGGCCCCCAACCGGGAUCCGCCGGGAUCAGCUUCUCCCCUUUGAAGACAUGGCUCUGACCCACUGAAGGGGCUCGGCAGAGAUGCUGCAAGCACCAGAGGAGCAUCAACUGCCCGAGGUGGAAACUGCUCACCCUGCCUGGUGAGGAAGAGUCUCACCGGUGGAUGUCCUGGUACUCUGACCUCUCUGACACCACAGAGACAAUUGCAUUCCAAACCAACCCUGGUUUUCAUGGCUGCUGCCCAGACGCAGUGGUAAAUUCAUGUUGUUUUCAGGUCAACCCAUGCUCUGAACUUGGGGAGAAAUAAACAGGGAACAGAGUUUA